UUUAAUUUUCAAAAAUACGUUUGGCUUGUCUGGUUUUAUGUGUUUAUAUUUAGAAUAUUCAUGGGUUUCGGUCAAAAUUUUUUGUUCCUUGUUACAGUAAUAGUUUUAAUUAAAAACUCUUCAGAGUUAAAUGGUUUUUAUCGUGCAGUCAAUGAUAGUGAGGCUGCGCAUGGGUUCGUUCCAGGGCAAGUUUCCAUCCAAACUCGUUUUGGUAGAUUUUUGUGUAGUGGAUGUUUAGUGUCGCUGGAUACAAUUAUUACCGCUGCCUUCUGUUUCCACAAGAUUAACGAUGACCUGAUAAAAGUUAUUAGCGAUAAUAGUCAUCCAAGGGCAAAACGAAUUGCAGUUGGGAAACAAACCCGGUAUGUGCAAGCAAUUGCCAUUCAUCCUUUCUACAAUUCCCGUACAUUGAGUAAUAAUAUAGCGGCAAUAAGAACCUCCAAAAAUUUUACAAACAAGUCAACGUUGCAGCCAUUCUAUUUACCGAAUAACACGGCUGCGGAAGGUACCACUUGCACUGUAUCUGGGUGGAUAGAGGGUGCCACAUUAUCGAGAGGCCAAAGUUUAAAGCAUGCGCAGAAAAUGAAAUUAUCAGAAAGCCUCCUUUGGACAAACGUGGAAAUUGUAGAACCCCGUAUUUGUAUAAGUGCUGGUAUGUCGUUCUUCAAUAAUGCUACAAACCUAUGUGUUGUUAUUAGAGACGGGGAAAUAUGCAUAGAAGACUUGGGUGGACCAUUAACUUGCAACGAUACACUUUACGGAUUUAUGUCGUUUGGAUUGUCCUGCACAAACACAAGUCUCCCAAUGAAUUUUAUCAAUGUGUUUUCAUUUAAAAGUUGGAUUGAAUCCGCUAUCCAGUGGGAUGGUAAAUCGGACUUCGGCAUUACCAAAGUAUACUUAGCUAGAUCUGGUGAUUGUUUUCCAAGUAAAAUUUUACUUUGCGUCGCAGUUCUGGUCACCUCCUGGUACAGUUUCAAUUUUGAAAAUAUUUUGGGCGAAAACUGCGGGGCAUAGUGUGUAAUUAGUUUGCAUUAACGAGGCUUAUAAUGAGCGAGUUGUAUCUGCUUAAUUUUAUCUUUAUGAAUCUAUUGGUGAAUCUGAAAGUGGAGUUAUCUAAAUGUGGAUAGAAAAUCAUAAAGGAGAGUAGCACCUGGGUUCGUAACCUUGACCCAAAAAUCUGAAGGAAGAAUUACCACUAAUGUACGUUUAAAUCUGGGAUACUGUUACAUUUUGAAAGACGGAUCUCAUCAGUGAUAAUCGACCAAAAUCCGAAAUCUUUACACAACGUUUGUAAAGCAGAACAACUUAUUUGGCAUUGGCUAGUAUUUUGCCUAACCGACGACCGCAUGCUAAGGACUCGUCUGUUGUGAAAAUAAACGCGGAUUGCUGGUGAUGUGCCGUAAUGUCAACAACGCCUUCACCUCGUUUUUAUAUAUUUUUUUUAAUUUAAGUUAUUUCCUUUUCAUCACUUUUAUUAUCAGUUCCCUAAUACGUAGAACUGCCCAAACUUUUGGAGGUGAAGUUUGUCAUUAAGAUACGCAAAAUAAAAUACAGAAAACAAUUGAAAUAAAACAAACAAUAAAAUAUACUUUUUGCAAUAUA